UGGGCCACACCACUAAGGGGUUUUAUGCGCGAAAGAGAAUACCUGCAAGUCAUGCAUUUCAACACCCUUCUGGAUGGAGGUAUAAUCAACCUCAGUAUUCCAAUUGUGCUGCCUGUAUCUACGGAAGACAAGGAAAGACUAAGUGAACUGAAAGCAUUCGCCCUGUCAUAUGAAGGAAGGAAAGUGGCGAUUCUUAGGAACCCAGAGUUCUUUGAACACAGAAAAGAGGAGAGAUGUGCCCGCGUCUGGGGGACGACUUGUCCGAAGCACCCUCAUGUCAAA